AGCCCCCAACCUUCUCCUCUUUUUGCCAUGACUUUGUUCACUCUGCCGGUUGGAGUUCUUCACCGGCGCCGUUGUAAUCGCUGGAUGUUUUUAUUGUAGAAUUUGCUACCUAGGCGCGUGAACACAGAUUACGUACUUUGCAAGGGGGUUACGCGUCGCUGGGUGUUUUGGAUUGGGUUGGCAACUUGAGUUGAGAAAGAGCUUGGGGAAUUUCUGGGCGUUGAAAAUGGUGUUCUGUAUUGUCGGACCAGUCUGGCGAUUGAGGAUGUUAUUGUUAUUGCUUGUGAUCGCGUUCGUGACGGGGCUGGUAGCUGGUACUUCAGGCCCACAAGAUGCACAAGGAAAUGCUCAAGUAGAUUACAAGUUCAAGAUUCAAGAUGGAUCUCAGUCACCUCUGCAAGUAUCGCCUGAGGACUCGCCAUCAACACCGCAGAGAAAUACACCAACCAGCCAUUCCCUCACAAAAACCAACAUCCUCCAAGAUCUGCACUCCGCCCUCUCAACAAUGCAAGACCACUACUUCGCCAUCUGGCUCGGCAAGUACACCACUGCGAUCGACUGGACCGGAGCCGUAACCUCAACCUACGUCUCCGCCACGCUCUCCACGCUCUCCUCCACUCUGCCCAGCACUUUCUCCCAGACCCGCAAACAUGAGAUGGAAGCUCUUGUGCGCGAAAACGAAAUAAACAAGUACUUUUCCCAAAUCACAGCCUACUACUUUGGGGAAGAUCACUUCGCAAUCCGCAUGCAAGCCUACGACGACAUGUUGUGGGUAGUCCUAGGCUGGCUUGAAGCAAGCACAUUCAUCGAAACACAUUCUUCAUCCCACCACUCCGCCUCGACCAGCCGACCAGAAAAAUCAUGGCACGCCCACCAAUUUAUCCCAGCCUUCGCCCACCGCGCGCGCAUCUUCUAUGAACUCGCCGAAAAAGGCUGGGACUGGCGCCUCUGCGGUGGAGGCAUGACAUGGAAUCCCUCCCUCUUACCUUACAAAAACGCAAUCACAAAUCAACUCUUCAUCUCCGCCAGCAUAAGCAUGUACCUACACUUUCCCGGAGACGAAAAUUGUUCACCCUUUUUCUCCCAAUCACCCUCUUCUUCUAACAACCAUAGCAAUAGUGUGAGGGAGCAAGACAACGACGAUGACGACGACGGCUGCCUCGACAACCCCCACACCCGCCCCCGCUACUCCCCCAUCUACCUCGCCAACGCCAUCAACGGAUACACCUGGCUCCAGCAAAGCGGCAUGCAAAACACCCAGGGCCUCUACACCGACGGUUUCCACAUCACCGGCUACCGCACCAACCACAGCAAAACCGUCUGCGACGACCGCAACGAAAUGGUCUACACCUACAACCAAGGCGUUGUCCUCUCGGGAUUGCGCGGACUCUGGGAAGCAACAGGGGAAACUCGGUAUCUGCAAGAUGGCCACGAGCUUGUGCGAAACGUCAUACGAGCUACAGGCUGGGACGCCGCCUCGCCCUCUUUCUCCUCCCCAACACCACCACCACCAUCAUCAUCAUCAUCUUCUUCUUCUUCUUCUUCUUCUUCUUCCAAAGCUAAAGCAGAAGAGAAAUGGUCCGGCCUCGGCGCAAACGGUAUCCUAACCGAACUCUGCGACCCCACCGGCCACUGCAACCAAGACGGUCAGACUUUCAAAGGCAUAUUUUUUCACCACCUAGCCGCCUUUUGCGACCCUUUGCCCCGGAAGCCGGUGAGAAGCGGUAAGACGUAUGGGGCGAGUAAGGCAGUGGCGGCGUUGCAUCGGAAUAGUUGUAAGGGGUAUACGCGGUGGGUGGUGCACAAUGCGCAGGCUGCGUUGGCGACGAGGGAUCGCGAGGGUAGGUUUGGGGGGUGGUGGGGUGCAAAGGAGGGGAGUGAGCGGGAGAGGUGGGAGGUUGAGUUUGGGGUUAAUGCGACGGAUUAUCGGAAUGGGGAUGUGGGAGAAGGGGAUGAGAGGGAUGUGUAUGGGACGAGGGAGAGGGUAGAGUUUACCGAGAGACGGGUGGGUGGGGAUUUGAAUGAUCGGGGGAGGGGUCGCACAAUUGAGACGCAGGGGAGCGGGUUGGCGGUUGUUCGUGCCAUGUGGAUUUUUCUUUGGCGAGAUGAGGUGGGGGGUGUUGAGUAG